GGUCAUCCUCUUCUUACGUUCAAUAAACCCUCUCUAAACCCUAGUACAAGAACGUAAGACCAGAACAUACAGAAACAGAGGCAGUCAUAAAAAAUAUUACAACAGUUGAGCUUGAAGAUAAAACCCUAAGCAAAAGAAAAAAUGAGGAAGAAAGUGGAUGAACGCAUAAGAACCCUAAUAGAAAAUGGAGUUAGAAAUCGUCACCGUUCUAUGUUUGUCAUUAUCGGUGACAAAUCCCGUGACCAGAUUGUUAAUUUGCAUUACAUGUUGAGCAAAGCUGUAGUGAGGUCACGGCCUACUGUGCUUUGGUGUUAUAAGGACAAACUUGAACUUAGCAGUCACAAGCAAAAGAGAAAGAAGCAAGUGAAAAAAUAUAUGCAGAGGGGAUUACUGGACCCUGAAAAAGUAGAGCCUUUUGAACUUUUUGUUGAAACUGGAGGCGUCAGCUAUUGCUUGUAUAGAGAUUCAGAAAGAAUUCUAGGAAACACUUUUGGCAUGUGUAUAUUGCAGGAUUUCGAGGCUUUGACACCCAAUCUUCUUGCGAGAACAAUAGAGACAGUUGAGGGUGGUGGGCUAAUUGUAUUGUUGAUUCGCACUUUGUCCUCUCUUAAGAGCCUCUGCACCAUGGUCAUGGAUGUUCAUGACAGGUUUCGUACAGAAUCCCAUUCACAGGCUACCCCUCGCUUUAAUGAGCGAUUUAUACUCUCCCUUGCAUCAUGUGAAUCCUGUAUUGUCAUGGAUGAUGAACUAAAUAUUUUACCUAUCUCCUCCCACAUGAAGAGUAUUACUGCUGUUCCAGUUCAAGAGGAUUCUGAGGGGCUUUCGGAAGCAGAAAGGGAGUUAAGGAAUUUAAAAGAACAAUUGAAUGAAGACUUCCCUGUUGGUCCUCUUAUUCGGAAAUGCUGUACCUUGGACCAGGUUAGUUACUGUGCUUGAGCUGUGAGAAUUGGC